AUGGCCGAAGCUUUAGUAGUUAUUGCCGCCGAGGGGAUACUGAAAAAGGUGUUGACUAUCGCUGUCGGUGAAAUCGCCAUUGCUUGGGGUUAUGAAGAAAAGCUUACUGGCCUCCACAGAACAUUGGAGAUGGUUCGUGCCAAGUUGCUCGAUGCGGAGGGAAAAAAGGAUACACAGGCGGCUGUGAUGGUGUGGCUGAAGCAGCUAAAAGAUGUUGUGGGUGAAGCUGAUGAUGUGUUGGAUGAGAUUGAUUACCAAAUGUUGAGGCGUAAGAUAAAGAAACGAGAGCAGGGUGAAAGAAUGGUAUCAUCUCUUCCAGUCUUGAAAAAGUUUUCAAUUCAUAAUGAAAUAGGUCAUAAAAUCGAAAAUAUCAAUAAAUCGUUGCUUGAGAUCUAUACACAAGCCAACAGUUUAGGACUACAAAACGAGCACCCUGUUGAGCCUGUUCCAGAUCGCCUCUAUCGGGAGACUGUAUCGAGAAGAAUUUAA